AUGACAGUAUUAAGCGAUGAAUCAGAAAUUGAAAUCUUGAAACAAACGAGCAAACUACAAAAAGGGGAAGAUCCUGCAGUACCAAUCAAUGAAUCGAAAAUUGAAAUCUUGAAACAAACGAGCAAAAAACGAAAAGAGAAAGAAUCUGCAGUACCAAGCGAUGAAUCGGAAAUUGAAAUCUUAAAACAAAUGAGCAAAAAACGAAAAGGGAAAGAACCUGCAUUUUCUGACCCACCCAGCAGGAGAACACGCAACAAGAUGAAAUAG